AUGGAUGACGCUUCAGAACCCUUAGCAGACUUCCUCGACAUCAGAACCUGUAGCUACAGUGCUUCUGAUGUUGUGAGUAUUGAGCAGCUGACAGAAGUAUCACCACCUGAAUUCACAAAGACAGAGUCAUGUGUCCUUUACCAUCUGGCAGGAUGCAUAGUGAAGAGGGUCAUCAGCUUCUCACUCUGCAACCAAUGCCAGUGUGCAUUGGUUGAAGCACCUAUCAAUACCAACACAGAGAGUCAGAGUGCCUUCCUGCUGCAGAUGAAAGAGUUUAAAACGGGUGCAUUAUACCGGCCAUCGGAUGAGGUCUUCACUCUCUUAAAGGAUGUCGAGCAGCUGUUCCGUUUGGCAACGAAUGAUUCCCUCAAGGAAUCCUCCAAUGUUGUGGAGCAGCUGGAAAGAAAGGCUAUGAGUUUUACAAGGUCCUUGCUUCGUCAGAGAAAGCAGAGCAGCUCCUAUUAUGGUGUAAAUCCCAGGAACAUGAGGCUCCUGAAACACAGGUUGGCAUCAGUCAGAUGUGCGUUUCUAUUAGGGGCAAUCUUCUGUUUGCUAUGUCUAAUGAUCGUUUCGUCUCGAUCUGGGAAAGAAGCACUUCAACCUCUGGAUUGGCAUGUCAGCCCUGAGUAUAAAAAGCUAGUUCACCAACAUGUCCACAAAGUAUUGAGUCAUAAAUGUACCCGCGGAAGCACCAGGCAGGGUUUUCUGGCUCAACUCCCCACCUCCAGUCACAUGACCCAACCAUUCUUGUGGAAAAACACAACACUUUCAAAGAACCUGUACAAGUAUCCACCUCCCUUUGGGUUCAGAGGUCUUAUGGGGAAAAUACCUGCGCUGCUUCAACAGCUACCGGAGCCCAAUGAAGUACCACAGUUUAAAAAGGAUCCUAAUAAAUGUCAGCGCUGUGUGGUUGUUGGAAAUGGAGGCAUUCUGAAAGGUCUGGAGCUUGGACCUUUAAUUGAUCGUUUUGACACCAUUAUAAGAUUGAACAGUGGUCCCUUGGGAGAGUUCAUUGCUGACGUUGGGAAUCGAACCAGCAUCAGGAUGAGUUAUCCAGAAGGCACACCCUCUCCCUGGCUUGACACAGACCCAGAAACCGUGUUUGUAGCCGUGGUGUAUAAAGGUGUAGAUGUCAGCUGGAUCUCCACAAUGAUAAAUAAGCUCACAGUGCCUUUGUGGGACUGGCUAUUCUUCUGGCAUGAUGUUCCAGAAGAAAUCCCCCUUGAACGCAACAGGAUCAGAGUCUUAAAUCCACUUGUCGUCAAAGAGACUGCAUUGGAUUUACUAAAAUUCUCCCCACCAACAACCCGCUUGUGGGGCUGGGACCAGAAUGUACCUACCCUGGGCAUCUCUGCGCUGGAUUUAGCUAGUUUACUAUGUGACGAGGUGAGCCUCGCAGGCUUUGGCUACAACUUGUCUCAAGAAAGAGCUCUCUUGCAUUAUUAUGAUCAGCUGUCCAUGAGUGCCAUGCUUUGGCAGAAGAUGCACAAUGUGAAUGAGGAGACCAAAGUGCUUAAAAGCCUCAUAAGAGAGGGAACCAUCACUGACCUAACAGGGGGUGUUCACUGCUCUUUCUGCCCCUGA